AUGGGCAGCAGACUGGAACAUGGGGAUCCCAAGUCACAGUUUCAUGUCCAAGCUGAAUAUGCUCCAGUACAUGAUAUUGCAGCACAGGAAGCUGACUUCCUUUCAAUAGACAAUCAGCUUCUGAUGGACUCCAGUGGCUUGGGGACUCUUGAGAGCCAAUGCUGGAAUGGUGUUUGCUGUGCAAUCCGGGUGACAGAGCCCGCCUGUGUCCGGCCAUCCUCACCCCGAGUCCGGGACACAGAGCCCGCCUGUGUCCGGCCAUCCUCACCCCGAGUCCGGGUGACAGAGCCCGCCUGUGUCCGGCCAUCCUCACCCCGAGUCCGGGACACAGAGCCCGCCUGUGUCCGGCCAUCCUCACCCCGAGUCCGGGUGACAGAGCCCGCCUGUGUCCGGCCAUCCUCACCCCGAGUCCGGGUGACAGAGCCCGCCUGUGUCCGGCCAUCCUCACCCCGAGUCCGGGUGACAGAGCCCGCCUGUGUCCGGCCAUCCUCACCCCGAGUCCGGGUGACAGAGCCCGCCUGUGUCCGGCCAUCCUCACCCCGAGUCCGGGUGACAGAGCCCGCCUGUGUCCGGCCAUCCUCACCCCGAGUCCGGGUGACAGAGCCCGCCUGUGUCCGGCCAUCCUCACCCCGAGUCCGGGACACAGAGCCCGCCUGUGUCCGGCCAUCCUCACCCCGAGUCCGGGACACAGAGCCCGCCUGUGUCCGGCCAUCCUCACCCCGAGUCCGGGACACAGAGCCCGCCUGUGUCCGGCCAUCCUCACCCCGAGUCCGGGACACAGAGCCCGCCUGUGUCCGGCCAUCCUCACCCCGAGUCCGGGACACAGAGCCCGCCUGUGUCCGGCCAUCCUCACCCCGAGUCCGGGACACAGAGCCCGCCUGUGUCCGGCCAUCCUCACCCCGAGUCCGGGACACAGAGCCCGCCUGUGUCCGGCCAUCCUCACCCCGAGUCCGGGACACAGAGCCCGCCUGUGUCCGGCCAUCCUCACCCCGAGUCCGGGACACAGAGCCCGCCUGUGUCCGGCCAUCCUCACCCCGAGUCCGGGACACAGAGCCCGCCUGUGUCCGGCCAUCCUCACCCCGAGUCCGGGACACAGAGCCCGCCUGUGUCCGGCCAUCCUCACCCCGAGUCCGGGACACAGAGCCCGCCUGUGUCCGGCCAUCCUCACCCCGAGUCCGGGACACAGAGCCCGCCUGUGUCCGGCCAUCCUCACCCCGAGUCCGGGACACAGAGCCCGCCUGUGUCCGGCCAUCCUCACCCCGAGUCCGGGACACAGAGCCCGCCUGUGUCCGGCCAUCCUCACCCACAGAGCGGGCGGCUGCUUUCAGGCACAGGCUCAAGUCUAGCAAUCGUCAGCUGGGCUUUAAGCACAUGGCAGGUAACUUCAAACCUGUCUGUAUGAAUGGGCAUCGUUUUUGA